AUGACCGUCGUCCUACCCGGAGACAUCAUCUCCAUCGCUUCCACCUCCGCCAUUAAACUCGGACCUGGUCUCCUACCCACAUCUUCCACCUCCUCCUCUAACACUCCCUCCCUCACAGCCAUUCGAACAGGCGCACUGGGCCAUAUUCCCUCCUCCUCCUCCUCCAUAACCAAAAAGAAAGAUCCGGAGUCCGCAUUUUGGGUCGAAACCAAUACCUCACGCUACGUCCCUGCACCGGGAGACCCAGUCAUAGCCCAAAUCACCAACCGAGGCUCCGAAUCCUACACCUUAACCCUUUUCUCUUCCCAUUCCGCAACCCUCCCCGCCCUCUCCUUUGAAGGCGCAACAAAACGGCAUAAGCCGAACCUCCGCAUUGGAUCCCUUGUCUACGCGCGGAUCCUUACCGCCGAUCGAUUCACCGAACCUGAACUCACAUGUGUCAACCCUGUUACGGGCAAAAGUGACGGUUUUGGCGAUUUGAAAACCACAGAUGAAAGGGGCGAGAAAAACGGAGUGGCGAUGCUGUUUAGAGUCACUUUGGGUUUAGCGAAGACGCUGCUGGCAGGGAAAGGCGGUAGGGGAGGAGAAGGGUUAUUGAAGUUGGUGGCGGCAGUGUUUCCUUUUGAGGCGGCUGUGGGGGCUAAUGGAGUCGUUUGGGUUAGAGCGAAUGAGACGAGACAUGUGUUGGCUCUGGGGAAGGUUUUGUAUGCUGCUGAGGUGGGGGUGACACAGCAUGGGUCAGAGGUGGAAGAGGAGGAGGAGGAGGAAAUGGGGGAGGCCGGGGAGGGAGAGGUGGAUGCAGAGAGAGUGAUUAGGAACAGAGCUAGUGGGAUGGAUGCUAAGCGUGUACGUGCUAUUGUUAGCGAGCAUUUGUAG